UCAUGCCUGUUGGGCAAGGAUAAACCUGCAGUCUAAAGCAACUGGUCUACUGAUUCGCAUUUCUAGAAAUUGGGAAAUGUAUUAAGAUUUUAAUUCUGGCAGUGCUUUAAUCAUUUUUUUUUUUUUUUGUGGUUGCGUAGCCACUGGAUAUACUUCCUUAUUUCUGCUAUUCUUUCUUAUUACAAGGGAAACUUUCUUUUUCACAUUUGUUUCAGGGGGAAAUGUAACUCCUUCUUAGAAGGAAGUUGUUUUUAUCUGAAGUGUUUAGAAGGAUGCUUUUGACUGAUAUCAGGGUUUAAUUCCGUCCUGGGUCAAGUAACUGCUCACCAAAUGCUUUGUUGGAUUGUGUGCUAUCUGAUAUGGCUGAUUUCUGCCUUAGAUGGGAGCUGUUCAGAACUUCCUCCAGUGGACAAUAGUGUAUUUGUUGGAAAUGAAACAGACGAACAGAUUCUGGGAAUUUACCUUUGUAUCAAAGGCUACCACUUGGUGGGAAAACAGUCUUUGGUCUUUGAUCGCUCAAAAGAAUGGAAUGCUUCCCUCCCUGAGUGCCACUUGGGCCACUGUCCUGACCCUGUACUGGAACAUGGCAAGAUCAGUUCUUCUGGGCCUGUGAAUGCAAGUGACAAAAUCACGUUUGAAUGCAAUGACAGUUACGUCCUCAAGGGAAGCAAUUGGAGCCAGUGUCUAGAGGACCACACCUGGGCCCCUCCCUUUCCCAUCUGCCGAAGUAGAGACUGUGAACCUCCUGGGGCUCUUGUCCAUGGCUAUUUUGAAGGAGAAACUUUCACUUCUGGAUCUGUUGUUACUUAUUACUGUGAAGAUGGGUAUGACCUAGUGGGUACACAGAUGCUGCAGUGCAUUGAUGGGGAGUGGAACAGUUCCUAUCCUACCUGUGAGUCCAUUCAGGAAACCCCCAAACCAGCUGAACAGAGUGCACUUGAGAAAGCUAUUCUUGCCUUUCAGGAGAGUAACGACCUUUGCAGUGCCACAGAGAACUUUGUGAGAAGACUAAAGGAAGGUGGACUAACGAUGGAGGAAGUUAAAUUUUCUCUGGAGAUAAAGAAAACUAAGUUGAAGACGGAUAUUUUACUGAAAUAUCAUAGCUAAGCAGAAUGGUCACAGACAUACACCUAUGAAUAAACUGCUUCUAAAGGUG